CCAACAUUUUAACACACCACAGUUCCCACGUUUCUGGGUCGGGGGACAAGUCCUGGGCUUUAUAUACACAUGGGCGCAGGCCGCUAGUCUCCGUCCUAGCGCGUAAGGUUGCUGUGCAGCCUUCUCCCAAGGACUCUUGGAGGCUUGUGGUGGAGCAAAGACAUGGUAGCGGAAGAAAGAACAAUAUUCCGAGCAAAUAUUGAAUAAGUCACAAUGAGGGAGAAGAGGAAGGACAUUUCCAAAGAAAGGCCAGACAUGUGUGGUCCAUUAUACAGUGAUGCUGAGUGUGGUCGCACUGGCCUUUAGUAGAAAAAGUUUAUACAUUACACAGCUGUCCACUGAAGUUUCUAGGCUUUGUUUCAACCUGCAUAAUGCAAGGAAUGCUACAGAACGGAAAGAAGUUUGAUUCCUCCCGAGAUCGAAACAAGCCUUUCAGGUUCAAGAUCGGCAGGCAAGAGGUCAUUAAAGGAUUUGAGGAAGGUACUGCACAGAUGAGCCUAGGACAAAGAGCAAAGUUGACCUGUACACCUGACAUGGCGUAUGGACCCAUGGGGCAUCCCGGAGUCAUCCCUCCCAACGCUACUCUGAUUUUUGACGUGGAGCUACUUAGGAUAGAGUAAAGAGGGGCGACUGACUGAAAGCACCUGUUGAUAACCACCCUUCUUUCCCCUUCCUCUGAAAGGGAGGCAUCUUCACUGGAAUUUCCAUCGUUUUCACUCAAGCUCUCAUGCCUACCAUGCCUCGUCUGAGGGUUGUUUUCCCCACUUCUUCCUCCCUUUUUUACUGUUAUUAGUGUUGGAAUUUGUCCCCGAUUAGAUGCUUCUUUGCUGUAGAGACAGGAAAAAAAGAUGGCUGUUACAUCUGAGUUGUACAUUUUAUUUUAAUUUGCAUGUGAAGCUCCAAAAUUGUGAUUGAAACUAUAUAUAAUAUAUAAAUAUAUAUAUAUAAACCUAUAAAUAUAUAGUUUACUUACUGAAAAACCACUGCCUUAUACACUUAAAGAAAAACACACACAAGGGUGCUCAGAAAUCCAGUGUACGUUUCGUACACGAGUGGGCAUUAGCCAAACCUAGUUACCUGCGCUGCCACUUUCCCCUCAAUUUGUAUGUUCUGCUUGCUGCUGUUUUAAAGAAAACAUCUCACGUGAUAACUUUCCAAGGAGAAAAAUAAAAUCUUGAUACUUUA